AUAUUAAAAAGUUUGACUUUCCUCUGUGUGUUACAAAAAUGGCAAUAAAGCACCAGAAAUUAUUUUCUUCUAUUGUUUCAUUUUAAUUCUCUGGUUUCAUCCCUGUUGCCUUUGCUGCUGGUGUGGGAUUACUUUCUACAUUGAGUGAACAUUGGUAAUGAAGACCUACCAUAUGUACAAUGCUGACAGCAUCAGUGCCCAAAGCAAGCUGAAAGAGGCAGAGAAGCAAGAAGAAAAACAGAUUGGUAAGUCUGUGAAGCAGGAGGAAAAGCAAACUCCACGCUCCCCUGAUUCAGCCUCCAGUGUCAAGUUUGAAGAAAAGCAUGUCCGACGGAGCUCAGUCAAGAAGAUUGAGAAAAUGAAAGAGAAGCGCCAAGCAAAAUACACAGAAAAUAAACUGAAGGCUAUUAAGGCAAGAAAUGAAUAUCUGUUGGCUCUGGAAGCCACCAAUGCAUCUGUAUUCAAGUAUUAUAUCCAUGACCUGUCAGACCUCAUUGAUCAGUGCUGUGACUUAGGAUAUCAUGCCAGCCUUGGUAGGGCACUUAGAACAUUCCUAUCAGCAGAGCUGAAUCUAGAACAAUCAAAGCAUGAAGGCCUGGAUGCCAUUGAGAAUGCCGUUGAAAAUCUGGAUGCCAACAGUGACAAGCAGCGUCUGAUGGAAAUGUGUAACAGUGUUUUCUGCCCACCCAUGAAGUUUGAGUUUCAGCCCCACAUGGGUGACAUGGUAUUCCAGCUUUGUGCCCAGCAACCAGUGCAGAGUGAAUUGGUACAAAGAUGUCAGCAGCUGCAAUCUAGGCUAUCCACUCUGAAGAUUGAAAAUGAAGAGGUUAAAAAAACAAUGGAAGCCACACUACAGACUAUUCAAGAUAUUGUCACUAUUGAAGAUUUUGAUGUAUCCGAUUGCUUCCAGUAUAGCAAUUCUAUGGAGUCUGUAAAAUCCACAGUUUCUGAAACCUUCAUGAGUAAGCCAAGCAUUGCCAAGAGACGGGCCAAUCAACAGGAGACUGAACAGUUCUACUUCACAAAAUUGAAGGAAUAUCUGGAAGGGAGAAAUCUCAUCACCAAGCUCCAGGCCAAGCAUGACCUCCUGCAGAAGACUCUGGGAGAAAGUCAAAGGACUGACUGCUCUCUUGCGAGCAGACGUAGUUCUACCAUAAGAAAGCAGGAUUCCAGCCACACAAUUCCUUUGGUGGUAGAGAGCUGUAUACGUUUCAUUAGCAGACAUGGACUUCAGCAUGAAGGAAUAUUCAGGGUAUCUGGAUCUCAGGUUGAAGUGAAUGAUAUAAAAAAUGCAUUUGAGAGAGGGGAGGAUCCACUGGCUGGAGACCAAAAUGACCAUGAUAUGGAUUCAAUUGCGGGUGUCCUAAAGCUCUAUUUUCGUGGGCUAGAACAUCCCCUUUUCCCCAAGGAAAUCUUUCAUGACCUGAUUGCCUGUGUCACAAUGGACAACCUGCAAGAGAGAGCUCUACACAUCCGAAAAGUCCUUCUGACUUUGCCAAAACCCACAUUGAUUGUAAUGAGAUACCUCUUCGCAUUCCUCAGCCAUUUAUCUCAGUUCAGUGAAGAGAACAUGAUGGACCCCUAUAAUUUAGCCAUCUGCUUUGGACCCACACUGAUGUCAGUGCCUGAAGGCCAUGAUCAGGUCUCCUGCCAAGCUCAUGUUAAUGAGCUCAUCAAAACUAUAAUCAUACAACAUGAGAAUGUCUUCCCAGGACCAAGAGAGCUGGAGGGACCUGUAUACACCAGGGGUGGAAGCACUGAGGAUUACUGUGAAAGCCCCCAUGGAGAGACUGUCUCUACAGAAGAUGCCACUCAGGAUAUAACUAUUGAACACCAUACAAGUGAUGAUGAAUGUGAACCCAUUGAAGCAAUAGCCAAAUUUGACUACUCGGGCAGAACCGCACGUGAGCUGUCUUUUAAAAAGGGGGCGUCCCUCCUGCUUUAUCACCGGGCUUCUGACGACUGGUGGGAAGGCCGUCACAAUGGCAUUGAUGGUUUGAUCCCUCAUCAGUACAUUGUUGUCCAGGACACUGAGGAUGGAAUGUCUGAAAGAUCAAGCCCAAAAUCUGAAGUAGAAAUAAAUUCUGAGCCACCUGAAGAAAAAGUGACAGCCAGAGCUGGUUCAAAUUGUCCAAGUGGCAGCCAUGUGGCUGAUAUUUAUCUUGCAAAUAUCAAUAAACAAAGAAAGAAGCCCGAGUCAGGGAGUAUACGAAGAGCAUUCCGUCAGAGUGACAGCCAUGGAUUACCCAGCUCACUGGGGGAACCCACACCACCUGGAGCUAUAGCCAGUGCUCGUCCUUCCUCACAGCCCAUUAUGAGCCAAAGCCUCCCAAAGGAUGCACCAGUCCCAGAUGCAUGCUCCAUCAGUGGCCAUGGGAGUCUCAAUUCUCUCAGUAGGCAUGCCUCCCUGAAGAAUAGGAUAGAUAGCCCCCAUAUCCGGAAGAACGUGACUGCAGGAAGAUCAAAGAGCUUUAACAACCACCGGCCCAUGGAUCCUGAAGUCAUUGCACAGGAUAUUGAAGCUACUAUGAAUUCUGCUCUGAAUGAGUUGCGAGAGCUGGAAAGGCAAAGCAAUGUGAAACACACACCAGAUGUUGUUCUUGAUACGCUGGAGCCACUGAAAAUGUCCCCUGUAGUUGCACCCACCUCUGAGCCUUCCAGCCCUUUGCAUACUCAAAUCCUCAAGGACCCUGAACCAGCCUUUCAGCGGAGUGCCAGCACGGCAAGCGACAUUCCCUGUGCCUUCAGGCCAGCAAAAUCUGUCAGAAUGGCUGUCCAGGUCAAACCUCCAGCCACCAGGCCAAAGCCAGCAGUUUUCCCCAAAACAAAUUCCUCAAGCGCUGCAGUUGCCUCAGCUUCUCAACAGUCUACUGACAAGUCUUGUACUGUGUAAAACUGAAAACCCUACUGUGAAUACAGCAUUUUUGUUUCAGCUUAGUGAACUCUGUUAAGGAGACCUUACAAUUUCUAUUUAAUUAGUAUUGAACUUCUGCUAAAGAUUAGUUCAUAAGUUACUGGUGCCAGGAAUAUUCCCGCCAAGAAAGAUCCAGCUAAUUAAGCCUCACAUUACACCACCAUUGGCAUUUACUAGGAUGUCAAAAGUCUGUGUAACCUGAGACAGAAAGCCUGAGAUCCUUGUGAAAUCAGUGAGGGAAAGGCACAAUUAAUUAGCUUAUUACUGGUAACUAAUCAAUGCCUUGUUCAAGUGUCUGGUCACUGGGAGACAUUUCAAUGACCACAUGACUUGGAAAUUGGUAGAAAGGAUUUUCUUGCUUCAACCACUACAGGGAAAAAAAUAAGGUGUUAGUUAUUUUGGAUGUUUUUGUUGCCACUGGCUAAGUGGGUUUUGCGCAUGACUACAGUCCUCAAUAUUGUGACAAGAUGUAUUAACUGUCCACUCUCUUCCAUCUCUUUCCAGGCAUACCCAUUCUCAAACACUAGGUUCAGUGUUUUCAGUCCUAGGUUGAAAAUCCUUAUGAAAUGUGCCUGGAAAGCCUAGUCCUGGGCUGAUGAGGCAUAUUUAUAUACAGACCUAUAUGUUCAUUUAAAGUUAAACUAAUCUUAUGGGAGAGAGAAAAUCUCACACGUAUAAAACACUUCCUAUUUACUGUAUAUACUUCCAUGGUGCUUCCAGAACAUAAGGGAACCCAAAUAUUUCAGAAUGAGAUUUCAAUUUUUUCAUGGGGACUCAGCAGAUAAACUGAAAAAAUAAGUUAACAUUUAAAACAAGCUAUUACAGUUCAUUUUCUGGUUUUCUCAUUCUCUGUCACCCUCCCUAUCUUUUUUGAUUCAGUGUGCUAUGUGUUUGAGAUAUAAUUGGCAGCCUAAAUUUAAGAAAAUCAAAACUGUCUUGAGUCAGAUAUAUGUCCAGUAUGUACCAUAUUUCUGGGAUAGAUUACCCUUUAUUCAAGUAUUCCACCGAUGUUCCAAUGAAUCAGCUUAAUAUGAUAUUUUAUAUGAUGGAUUAUAGUGGUUCCAAAUUCCAACAAAUGACACAGACUUUUGUUUUCAUUUAUUGGAAAAUAAAUUCCGAUUCCAGAUAGCAUCAUCCUAAAAACAAAAGAGACUGCACACUGAAAAGCAUCAGGAUAAGUUUAUGUGCUGAUUUAUUUUCUCCAAAGGGAUUCUGAAUUAAAGUGGAUUUUAUCACAGUUUUGUCAACUGAUGCUGAGAUAACAAACUGAAAUGUGUUUGUUUUAUGCUCUAGGUUUCAAAUUCCAGUCUGUUUUUCUUAUGAUUAUAGUUACAGGUUUUUUUUAAAAAAAAAAAAAAUUCUGUGCACAAAUUGACUGUUCUUUUCAGAUUAUGGCUAUUAUUUAAACUGAUCUUUUCUUUUGAUUUUCCUACUUUUUUCAAAUGCUUGGAUAUUUAAUUGCUUAUAAAAGGCCUCACAAUCUCAGUGAUAAAAUUAAACCAUGUGGAUUUGGGAGAUCAUUUUCUCCCUGUUUCUGUGUGCAUAUUUCCUCUACAUCUUGAAUUUUUAGACUUGAGUACUGCAGUCUGAUAAUUAACUCUCAGGAUUAGUCAGAACGCCUUUCUUCCUAUUAUGUUUCACUCAGGCAAAGCUACUGGAUAUUUUACAGUACUUUUUUUUAAAGCUUACACUAUUGCUGCCAAUUUUUAAGACAGAAGGGUUUUUUGCCUGUGGUGGCCAGAGGGAAGAAUCAGCAUUAUGUCUCUCCUGGAGCACUGAUAUUAAUAAAUCCCAAUGUUUACUGAACAUGUCCCUUUCAUUAAGAGCACAUGAAAAGCCUUAGCACAUGUUAUGAAUAGGUAUAUAUUAUUUUGCAAGGUGAUGGGCAACCUUGUUAAUCAAAAUAACUCAAGUAUAUAACGCUUCAUUUUUCCUAGGUUUAUACUAUGCUUUGUACCCCUGGAAAGCUUCAAGUUACCCAACAGGGUUGUGUGUAUGUGUGUGUGCAUUAAGAGUGUUUUUAAUGCAGGUAGUAGUUGGCAAUUUUUGUCUAUUUAACUAUCCUUUGGGUAUAUGUUUUCCCUCUCUCCCUCCCUCCCUCUCUUUCUUGCUCUCCCCCCCCCCCACUGACAGAAUUCUCACCUUACAUGCAAUUAAAUGUCCCUCAACUGGAAUCUAAGUGUACAUGGAGAUUUAUAUUGCAUAUAUAAAUACUUAAAUAACCUAUCUUAAAAUCUGUGGGUGACAUGGGAACAGCUUCUGCUGCAUUUUCAAAAGUAAAGUACUUUCCCCAGAUACGUGAUGAGCAAAGUAUUGCAGAAAGAGAUAUAAUUAAGUUGGGCCACAUUGACAUGACAAACCUUCAUUGAUUGUAUGUUAUUUAAUAGUCAUGGGUUUCUAUCAUUCUACUUUAGUGAAAUGUUUAAGAUACUUAGAAGUUCCUGUUUCUGCUUACACACAGAAGAAAGUACUGAUGUCUUUCAGAGGAUAGAAGAGAAGACUUCUUAAAAGAAACUGGAACAAUUCUAACUUCGAUGCUAAUGGCCAGAAAGGAUUAGGAUGGCACAUUAAAAUGUUUCUUUUGUCUGUAUCCAUCAGUAUAUUUAGUGGCAACUUAUAUCUGGAAUGUCUUUUACUAGCAGGAACAGAUGAAGUACAGAACUUUCAGCCAAGAACUUUCAUUGUUCUUGGCUGCUACUAUGAACAAAGUCAUGCAAUAAGCAAUGUAAUCUAAAUUAAGCAGUGAUACAGAAACUUUUAUGACUAGACGUAUUAAUAACCCCUUUUAGCUACUGUAAUUAAUCUGUGUAAUAUGUAACAAAUCAUUCUCAAUAUAAGAUGUCCGCAAAUGCAUUAUAUUUAUCAUAUUUUGUAGCCAAAUUCAGUUAAAAUUAGAAAACAAGUUUAGUAAGAUUCCCUGCAAAGAAAAUAAGUUUAGUAAGAUUCCCUGCAAAGCAAACAUAGGAUUAUCCAGUUUUUACAACACAAGUUGCCCAUAAAAUGUGUCAUGGAACUGGAAUUUUAUUCAUAGGUUUGCUCUUUUUUAGUUAAAAUCUUCCUGAAUUUUAAAGCCAAAUGUUGAUAAUGGGAACCAUGCUUUUUAAGUAAUGUCUUGUAUGUCUUGUAUGAAAAUAUCAUUUGAUAAAUAUAUGAAAGUAAUCUAAGCAGACAUUUGAAAGAAGGACAGCUAGCUGUUAGUUUUCUGAGCAGAAUUCUGAACACUAAAAUAAUACUCUUUUUGCCACUGAUAAUGUGGAAAAUGCUGGUACUAUGAGCAUGAAACAUCAUAGUUUUUCUUACUACUCUACAGUUCUUCAUUUGAACAUUGUUCUGUUGAGAUAAUAGACUUUCCCCUGACAUGGAGAGAAGAACCGGCAAGAACCUUUCCAGUUUUGACCCUUCAACAAUAGGCAACUUACAAUGAGGCCCUAGAAUAACUGUUGACUCCCUAAAAGACUGAUUUUUCCUAUGGGAUCGUGGCUGCAUAUCAGAUUCAGAGCUGCAAAAACUUUUAUCUGUCUACUUGAAACUCUUCUAACUUGAGAGUUUUUAUUUCACAACUGAUCUUAAUCCUUGUCCCAGCUAGCCAGGAUUAUCUUCUCUAGGCUAAUCAGAAUGUAGUGGAAGACAGCCAAGCCCUUUCCUUAAUUACCAUCAUCCUUCCUACUUUUCUCUGCUAUCUGAGGAAGGGAGUUGAGGAAGGAUUAGUGUAUUUGCUUGAAUUUUAUUCUCCUUUUGGAUUAUACCAGAAAGGCAAAGCUCUACUUUUAUAUUUCUUUUGCUUUGGUGGGUAUCCCCAGCUUUCUGAAUAGUUUCAAGAGAAAGGCUUGAUUGCUGAGGCCUGACACUAACUUAAAAAAACAGUAAAUUCUGAAGUCGCCAGUUUCCAAGUUCUGAUUUGUUCUUGAUUCCAGAAAGCAUCUGAGCAUGAUAGAUGCAAGCAAACUCCUUAAUAGCCAAUGUGUUUAUUUUCUAAAUAGACCAUAACCCAAAAGGACUGAAAACCUUUCAAGGCUAAAAUUGAUUUCCACUGAACCUUUUCUAGAAAGCAAUGUACAGUUUAAGAUGGCUUUCAGUAACUACAUAAGUUUAAUAAACAUUUUUAAGAAGCAGGAAGAAAAGAAGCUAGUUGUCCUGAUUAUGAGUCCUCAGUCAGAUUUGCAACCUACAAAAUAUCAAGAGGUGGCCUUAAGCUGUAAUUUCUCGAAGAGAAUUUAGGGAGUUAUUUUCCCAGUGUUGGCAUGAACAUGGUGCUGAAUAAUCUCCCACAACUAUUCACAGCAAGCAUUCUAUAUUGCUUACAGCUCAGCUCAGAAAUGUUUCCAAUGUCAGCCAAUCUGAAAUCCUGCUCAGACAGCACAAGGCAUGGAGAAAUAACCUACUUUUUCUCUGCUGCGUAGCACACAAAUAACUAUGCAUGAGCAGUAGCUGCUUUUAAGAACGUUAACAACUCUUCCAAUUCACCUGCUUAAGUGGAAAGGGAAAAAAUAUUUAAUCAAUGUUUCCAUCUUAGGUGAUCAUGCAAGCAUGGGAUGGAAAAAUAUUUAAACUUUUGAGAUAGUUUUUUAAAACAAUUUAACACUGCAAGAACAGAUUGUAUAUUUAAAUAUAUCUAUAUAUAUAUAUAUAUAUAUAUCUUUGGGGCCAUUUUUGCUUCUAAACAAGUGAAGUGAAAAUUAUCUUCAUUAUUGUAGCAGCAUUCUAAUAAUUUUUUAAAAGGACUUUUGCUGCUCAAUCACACUGUCUCUGGAAGUAGGAGGGAGUAAUCUGCCCACAGAGAGCCUCAUGGAUUGGGCUCUGUGAGUGCCAAAAUGUUAGAGCAAUAUAUUUAAAAUACAAACAGGUAAUGGAAAAGACAGACUGAAAUCCAUGUAGCCAAAAGCCAGCAAAUGCUGAAGCAAAUGUAUUUGAAAAAAGAAGGGCAGCACUGUCUUUAUUCUACUGUAUGUAACACAGUUCAGUUGCACAGUGAAGCAAUUUUCAGUUUUUGUGUUAAAAUCUAAUUCUGUGAAGUCAGAUUUGAGUCCACGCAAUGCAUUUUUAAUUAAUUGCAGCUAUAAUGGGUUUGGAAUGAAAUAUUUUUUUAUUUUAAAAACAAUUUUCAAUUGUUCUUCUACACCAAUCUCUACAUGCGGUGUAUAUAUUUUCCUGUCAAAAAGCAAAACAAGAAGCCUGUACUUUGUAUAUACUAUUAUGUACAAUAUUGGAGGUACAUCUCUUCUUUCUUUUGGUACAGUAUUAGAAGAGUAAAUGUGUUGGAACUGUUAAAUCCUUCCUGAAGUAAAACAAAUAUUUGUCGUCAUUAGCAAUAGUUUUGGAGAAAUAAAUGUUUGGGUAUGGUGGAAGUGCUGGCCUACAGAUAAAAUUGUGUGAUGUCUAAUUUCUGCAAAAGAUACAGAGAGUAAACUGUCGUUGAGAAUUGCCACUAUAUUCUAAGUAGGUCCCUGCAAACUGUGCCAACUCUGCCAUUUUUUUAAUCAUGGAAAUAAAAUAUUGUAAGCACAGAAAAUUUCCGUUUUGAAAUCCAUAUUACUGGAAAUAUGAGCAAUUUGUAAAA